AUGGAGGACUUUUUAGGUAACUUGAGGGAGGGAGUGGGGCUACCUAUCUUUGCGGCUACCUCUGAUGUUAUACCAUGUGGAACAGCAACAAAAAUUGAGAAAUGCCUUAGGAAUUUAUGGUGGGGUGCAUUUGAUAAUAGAAAACUGGUGUACACCAUUGCUUGGAGUUCUCUUUGCAAAUCUAAGUUCAAUGGGGGAUUAGGCUUUCGUCAAAUCAAAGAUAUCAACAGCGCUUUUGUUCUUAAAUGGGGUUGGAAGCUAAUCAAUGAUUCCUUUAGUCUAUGGAGUGCUACAAUGAAGGCAAAAUACUUGAAGGGAGCAAGUUUUUUCGAUGUGGAUUGCAAAACAUCUGACUCGAGACUCUGGAAGGCAAUGCUGAAAUAUAGAACGCUGCUGAAUAAAGGCAUCUAUAGAAAGAUAGGGGAUGGAAGGUCUACGUCCAUUUGGUUCGAUGCUUGGGUACCCACGACUGAUCACAAACCCCGCCCUCUUUUGGAUGCUACUCAAGGGGCAAACCUAGUGCAAGACUUUAUUAACGAGAACCUCACAUGGAACGAAACAAGGAUCACACAACGGUUUGGAGCAAACGAUGCUAAACACAUACUCAACAUUGGUCUUCCAGCACAACGUCAGGAGGACUCCUGGCUUUGGCUUGGUGAGGAAAGUGGGUCUUAUGGGGCAGCAGUGUUUAAGGAUUGCAAGAACCAAAUACACGCCAUUUUGGCUUCACGAUUUAGUGCUACUAAUCUUGCUCUUUCUAAAGCACAAAUGCUGGUCUGCGGUGCUGAAUUUGCAGCUAAAUGCAAGUUUAAGAGAGUUCUUUUCUACUGUGAUAAUGUGGCUGUGGUUAAUAGCUUCAAUAUCAGUCCCAGCGAAGCUCGCCAUUCUAUGCUGGAAGGUGCUGCGACGCGUUUCAAAAGAACGACUCUCUCUCUCGAAAGCUUCAUGCUGAAGAAGAUAAGAAAUUACUCUAAUGUAUAG